AUGCAAUCUCUCAAACAUUAUUUGCAUAAUCUGCGUACUACAAAGGAUCUCGUUUCAACACUGCUCAAACCUCAUUUGGCCGCUCGUGGUCAACGUAAAAUAGUGAUUGAUUAUUCAUCACCGAACAUAGCCAAACGAUUCCACAUUGGUAAUUUGAGAUCGACAUUAAUCGGACGUUUCUUGGAUUCACUGUAUCGACAGUGUGGAGACGACGUAACUUCGGUGAAUUACCUAGGCGAUUGGGGUUCCCAAUUCGCAAUCCUCGCAGCAUAUUGGCCAAAUAUAAGGCCUUCUGAUGAGUGCAGCACUUUUAUAUUGCAGGUAUGGCGGAGAUGUACGGAUUUGGAUAAAAUAAAACUUUUAACAAAUUGCUAUGUUGAAGCGAAUCAUAUGGCGCAAGAUAACGAGCAAUUCCGCAGUGAUGUGAGGAAAAUUUUCGCCGAAAUGGAAAAUGCACUGAUUUUGGGAAAUUUUGAAAAUGAUCAGUUGAAAUUUUGGAAUGAAGUUCGUGAUAUCUCAGUGCGACAUUUGGAAGAUUUUUAUCGAUUACUGAGGAUAAAAUUUGAUCGAAUUUCAAAUGAAUCGGAUUUCGUCAAACAUUCUCAACAAAUAGUAAAUACAUUCUUAGAUAGACAAAUAGCUCAGCAGAGUGCGGAUGGUAUGAUCAUAGUGAAAGAUCCACAAAUAGAAGGAUAUGCUACCGUUCGGAAAUCUGAUGGAUCAAGUUUGUACUUGUCAAGGUGCGAUUGA